AUGGCACAAGAAGAACCUCAAUCAACAAAAUCUCAAAACUCCAACACCAUUGCCAACAAGAAUCUGAGUGUGGACCCAACGCAUCCAUAUUAUGUUCACCAUUCAGACCACCUUGGUCUUAUGCUCGUACCCACAAGGCUGGACGGCACCAACUAUCCAUCAUGGAGUAAAUCUAUGAUUCAUGCACUCACAGCAAAGAAUAAGAUUGGCUUCAUCAACGGAACUAUCAAACCUCCCUCAGCAACAGAGCAACCAACCGAUUAUAAUCUAUGGAACCAGUGCAAUAGCAUGAUAUUAUCAUGGUUUGCACUUUCAGUUGAUCCUCACCUUUCAAAAUCCGUGGUUUGUGCCAAGACCUUCAACAAGUGUGGGAAGAUUACAAAGAACAGUUUUCUCAAAAGAAUGCAACAACAAUAUAUCAAAUACAAAAGUCCAUCGCUUGGCUGA